AUUUUUGUUAUCAUUUUGGAGAAAACUUACUUUUCUUCUCCUCUCAGCCGCACGCCACAGCGCCGUCCCUCUCCGGCGAAAUCCGAUUCCAGUACACAUUUCGUCUUCGAUUUCUGGUGCUGACACCAAUCCGCCAUACACCCAACUCGAUUCGGGCACAAUUUGGAGUUUGGAGUUUGGGAGCAGCAGAGUGUUUGUUUUUAAAAGAGAACAAUGUCCAACCCAAAAGUUUUCUUCGACAUUUUGAUUGGAAAGAUGAAAGCAGGCCGCAUCGUCAUGGAGUUAUUUGCAGACACUACCCCGAAAACUGCAGAGAAUUUCCGUGCCCUCUGCACCGGGGAGAAGGGGAUCGGACGAUCCGGGAAGCUACUGCACUACAAAGGCUCGUCGUUUCACCGUAUCAUCCCCAACUUCAUGUGCCAAGGAGGAGAUUUCACAAAGGGCAAUGGGACAGGAGGAGAAUCAAUCUAUGGCUUGAAGUUUGCAGAUGAAAACUUCAAGAUGAGACACACGGGGCCCGGGGUUCUUUCGAUGGCGAAUGCUGGACCGAACACGAAUGGGUCUCAGUUCUUCAUUUGCACUGAGAAGACUCCAUGGCUGGAUGGGAAGCAUGUUGUGUUUGGGAAAGUUGUGGAUGGUUAUAAUGUAGUUCAGGAGAUGGAGAAGGUUGGUUCAGACAGUGGGAAGACUUCAGAAACAGUUGUGAUAGAGGACUGUGGUCAGGUAACAGCUCAGAGUUGAAGGUAGAAAUUUGUGUUAGAAUUUCGCUUUCAACUCUUGGAAUUAUGCGCUUUAGAAUUAAUUCUCAUGUCUGAGUAAUCUCCUUUGAACUUUUUUUUCCCCUUCAAAGAAAGAGAUUCAAAUUAAAUUAUCACCAAACUUCGCUCUUCAAAAUACUAGAUCAUGGUACAAUAUCUCUGCCACUUUUGAGUUAUAAUCAAGGUUCAAAAUGUCGACUUCCGGAAAUGACCUCGAUGGAAAUGUCGAGGUCCUGAUUUACGGACAUGUCGAUGGAUGUAUUGAUGUC